AUGGUAGCUGGUGAAUGCAUUGAUGUUCUUGUUGAUUCGGGAGCCUCAGCUAAUCUCCUGGAUCGAAGAGCCUACGGCGCGUUGAGAACGAAACUCAAACUCGAGCAGUCAGGCAAAAGGAUAUACCCUUAUGGUACAAACGUUCCCCUUUCCCUUCGUGGUAAGGUCACCUCAACGGUCUCUGCCAAUGGGAGAACAGCUCGGGCAGCGUUCUACGUUGUUGAUGGAAACCACGGCUCACUGCUGGGACAUGACACUGCAACUAAACUGGGCCUCAUACAUGUGGUGCUCUCCAACCACACCGUGCCACAGGACAUGUCUAAAGCAGAUCAGCUGUUCCAACAAUAUCCAAGGCUCACCUCUGGCGUGGGGAAACUUAAAAACUUCCAAGUCAAAUUGCACAUAGACCCGAGUGUGCAACCAGUUGUCCAGCCCCACCGUCGUAUUCCCUUUCACACGAGGAAGAAAGUGGAGGAGGAAUUACAAAGCUUGGAGGACCAAGGCAUAAUCGAAAAAGUAGAAGGCCCAACACCGUGGGUGUCACCCAUUGUGGCGUCACCGAAACCAAAAAACCCGGAGAGACUACGCCUCUGCAUAGACAUGCGCCUGCCGAAUAAAGCUGUCCAGAGGGAGAGACACAUAUCACCUACGGUAGAUGACAUCGUGCAUGAUCUCAACGGCGCCACCAUGUUCUCGAAGCUGGACCUCAAUGCAGGAUAUCACCAACUUGAACUAGCACCUGAGUCCAGAUACAUCACUACUUUCUCAACGCAUGUUGGACUGAGACGGUACACACGCCUCAUUUUUGGAAUCUCUUCAGCAGCAGAGGUCUUCCAACACACGAUCCAAAAUGUGCUCCAUGGAAUACGGGGAGUCAGAAAUUUCAGCGACGACAUCAUCAUUUUUGGAACCACCCCUGCAGAGCAUGACCGCUCCCUGGAAGAAGUCUUCGAAAGACUCCAUGAAAACAAUCUCACAAUUAAUCGAGAUAAGUGUGAGUUCCACAAGACGUCUCUGGAAUUUUAUGGCUACAUCUUCUCAAAGGACGGCAUCUCACCUGACCCGAAGAAAAUACAAGCCAUCACACACAUGCCACUCCCUCAGGAUCCGAGUGAGGUCCGCAGCCUGCUGGGGAUGGCUAACUACAGCGCUCGUUUCAUCCCGGACUUCUCCUCAAUUACCCAACCGCUGCGCGAGCUCACAAAGAAGGACACAGAGUGGUCAUGGAAGACGGAACAUACGGAGGCCCUCAAUCGACUAAGAGACAGGUUGAUCAGCAGUCCGGUCAUGAGCUACUUUCACCCCGAGAGAAGGACAAAGGUCAUUGUGGACGCAAGUCCAGUUGGUCUCGGUGCAAUCCUGGCACAGACUGACAGGGUGGACAACAAAACAUACGUCGUAGCCUAUGCAAGUAGAGCUCUGACCCCAGUGGAACAGCGAUAUUCUCAAACCGAACGAGAGGCGCUGGCUAUUGUUUGGAGUUGUGAGCAUUUUCAUUUAUACCUAUAUGGAGCUGAAUUUGUUAUGAUCACAGACCACAAACCGCUGGAGCUCAUCUUCAACAACCCAAAGUCCAAGCCUCCCGCUAGGAUUGAAAGGUGGGCCCUCAGACUGCAACCUUACAAGUUCGAAGUUGUUCACAAACCUGGAAAAUCAAACCCGGCAGACUACAUGUCACGCCACCCACAAACGCUCCACACGCCCAGUAUCACAGAUGACGUGGACACUGAAAUGCAUGUCUCUUUCAUUGCUGCGCAUGCGGUACCCAAAGCGAUGACACUGGAGGAAGUGAAACGGGAGACUCGAGGUGAUCCACUGUUACAACAUGUUGUAGGAAUUAUUCACUCAGGUAACUGGGACGGCCUGCAUGACAACGCCACGCAAUUUGAUCAAUCAACUCUGAGGACAUUUUACAACAUUAGGGAAGAACUUACGACGGUGGAUGGAGGCAGCCUCGUUCUUAAGGGCACCAGACUCGUCAUGCCUGUGACCCUGCAAUCCAGAGCACUCGCACUUGCUCAUGAGGGACAUCAAGGCAUUGUCAAGACUAAGCAGCUACUCCGAGAGAAAGUCUGGUUUCCGAAGAUAGACAAACAAACCGAGGAACUGAUAUCCCGCUGCCUUCCUUGUCAAUCAUCCACGCCCAAGACUGAGCAUCAACCGCUGCAAAUGUCUGAACUCCCACAGGGGCCUUGGGAGGAUGUUGCGGUGGACUUCUGUGGCCCCUUUCCUUCAGGUGACUACCUGUUCGUCCUCAUAGAUGAGUAUUCAAGAUUUCCCUUUGUGGAGAUUUUGCCAUCCACAUCGGCAUGCAAACUCAUCCCCGUCAUGGACAAAAUAUUUUCAACAGUGGGAAUUCCAAAAGUGGUGAAAAGCGAUAACGGGCCCCCAUUCUCAAGCAAGGACUUUUCGGACUUUGCAAGAUACCUUGGAUUCCACCACAGAAAGAUAACCCCCUACUGGCCACAGGCCAACGCUGCAGUUGAAAGAUUCAACAGGACUCUGACCAAAGCGAUCCACACAGCUACGCUGGAAGGCAAGCCGUGGAAACAAGAGCUAUACAAGUUCCUCAGGAACUACAGUGCGACACCUCAUCAUACCACCAACCGGCCUCCGGCUGAGGUGUUCUAUGGUCGCCCCAUAAAUAUAAAGCUACCGUCCAUCUCCCAUCCCCCCAGUGAUGAUGGUCUCCGUCGGACAGAUGGUUUGAGGAAGGACAGAAUGAAGGAGUAUGCGGACGAAAGGAGAAACGCGUCACACUCGGUGCUCAAGGAGGGUGAUGUUGUCCUAAUACAACAGAGGAAGACAGGAAAACUUGUGACACCCUUCAACCCAAACCCCUACAAAGUCAUCACAGUGAAAGGAACAAUGUGUUAA